CAUGUUUAUUUCGAAUAUUAAAAAGGCUAUGCUGACGUUCCUCGGCUGCGCACCAAUGGCGAACGCUUGGCUGUUGAAUAUUAAUGUUGUCGUAUUCGCGUUGCUUGGUAACCUUCCAAUCGCAACUGCAUGGCUCCUGAAUAUUAAGAGCCAGUCCUUUACUGUAGUAGGACUCCAAUCCAGGAAAUGCGUUUCUAAGUCUCGCUGUCACAAACACGAAAAUGGCAUCCAACAGGAUUAACAACCUAGCUUUCGCAUGUUUCAUUUUACCCAGAUAGCGUGCAUGUAAAAGUCCCGAGUCGCGAAUUAAUCCUCAGGAAUGGCGAGAGGGAUGCUGGAGUACAGCGCGGUGGGAGAGGGGCUCGGGAUGCGGGAGUUCUGGCUCUAUGCGUGGCUGCGCAGAGCGGCUGUGCUCGCUGCGCACGUUAUCUCGCUGGGCCUGGUCAUUCUCGCAUCCAUACUGUCCAGACCAGGAACAAGUCUCUUCUCAUGGCAUCCUGUCUGCAUGUCACUUGGGUUUUGUCUGUGCAUGACAGAAGGGAUUCUGCUUUUCUCCGCCGAGGGCAGUCUGUUCUGCUUCAAAUCUCGUAAGUGGAAGGUCCGUCUGCACUGGUUCUUCCAGGCUGUGCUGCUGGUGUGUGGAGCUACAGGAUUCUUCUUCAUGGUGGCUAGCAAGAACAUAAAGGAGCAUCCUCACUUCACUUCCUGGCACAGCCUGCUGGGAGUCACUACGAUGGCUGCUACCGUGCUGCAGGCGAUCUGUGGCGUCUUUCUCCUCUUCCCCAAACUCGUCAGUACUCACUCGUUUCCUCGGUUGAGACUGUAUCAUGCCACAUGUGGUCUGGUGGCCUACCUGCUGGCCACCGUCACGGUCAUGUCAGCCAUGUUUACAGACUGGUUUCAGGCAUCGGUGACAGGCACAGUCUGGUAUAUAUUCCUACUCCUCCCACUUUUUCCUGCCUUAGUGGUGAUGGACCAAAUCACUAGUGCCUUCCUGCCCAAAAAGAAGAUUACUAGCUGAAAACUAAAACCUCAAAUUAGAGCCUAUUUAUCUGGACUAUAGUAGGCUUUAGAAGCAACACUACUCUGUGAUGACAUAAAAAAAAAAAACAACGCAUUCAUCCAGGCCAGUAGGUGUCAGUAUAAAGUCCAAGAGCACUUUUGUAUUUUUGGCGAACAAAUUAGAGCCAGCAAAAAGUCCAGUGGUCUAUCUAAAAUCGGUUACUGUUUGAGUAGGUACUACAUCUUUCGAUGACUAUUUUUGCAUACUAUAUAGAAGGGAAGUAAUUACGUACUGAAAAAAAAGCACCACCUCUGACAAUUUCUGACUCAGCCCAGACAGCAUUUUUGUGGCCUUGAAGUACACUUUCAGUAAGAGGAGUGAUCAUAGAGUCUUUCCAACGAAAGUGAGCAACUUAAAAGGAUAGUUCACCCAAAAAUUACUCACCCUCAUGUCAUUCCAAAACCGUAAGACCUUCGUUCAUCUUCGGAAAACAAAUUAAGAUAUUUUAGAUCAAAUGUAACUGAAAUGUUCCCCGAUCUAGAAAGGCAGUAAGGACAUUGGUGGUUAACUAACUGUAAUUUUACUAUGCUGCAAGAAUACUUUUUGUGCGCAAAGAAAACAAAAAUAAUGACUUUAUUCAACGACUUUCUGGGCCUGGGAACAUUUCAGUUGCGUUGCUUUCUAUGCAGGUACAAAAAGCUCUCGGAUUUCAUCAACAAUAUCUUAAUUGAAGGAAUUGAACGAAGGUCUUACAGGUUUGAAAUGACAUGAGGGUGAGUAAUUAAUGGCAGAAUUUUAAUUUUUGGGUGAACUAUCCCUUUAAGGCCUUUAGUGAAAUCUGUGUAGUCACUUUAAGGAAGUGAAUAAUCUGUUAAUGAUUACACGAUCCAGCGAGUCCUUGUGAUUUAUUGUGAAACCUCAGGUAACUUAUUUCAGAUUCUACAUGGGAUUUUAUUUUUCAGUUGCUCUUGUUCCCAAAGACUAUGCAUUGAAAAUAUAGUUGCAUUUAGCAUAUUUUCAGUAUUUACAUACUUUUGGUUUAAAACACAAUAAUGUUUGACCUUCAUAGUGAGUCUGGUGUACUGAUGCUCACUAUCGAAUUAAUUCGCCUUAAGUGCACAUUUAAGUAUGCUGACUACUCAUAUUCUGUUCUUGAGGACAUGCUUGAACAUUGUAAAUGAGUAAUUCUAUAUAUACAUAUUGUUUGAAACUUAAUACAAGCAACUGGCUGUGCUUUGCACAGGAUACAUUUUAUGUGAUGAAUUGAGAGCUGUUUUUUGGUGUUGUGUUACUAUGCACUGCUGAAUAGGGAGCCUUGCUGACAUUUGCAUUGUAAGAAUUUUCCUAUUGUAUUAUAGCAAGCUUGGAAAUGUUAUAUGCAUCGUCACGUUCUUCUCUUCUUUUAACACUUGUCUGUGUGAGUUUUGCAUUAUUUUAGAGUGCUGUAGUUUUGUUUGUUUAUGUUACAGUUUUUCAUUGUGUGCCUUCAUACAUAUGAAACCGUAUGAUAUUGACAUAACACAACAUGAUAUAAAAAUGACAGUUAUUUUGACAGUUUUUUCUUUGUAUGGAUUAGGAAUGCAAGGAGAAAUUUGUCAUACCCCACAUUUAUUUUUAUUAUGGCUGAUAACCAGCUUGUGUUUGUGUAUUUUUACAGCAGUAGUUCAUCCGAAAAUGAAAAUUUGCUAGAAAUUGACUCACCCUCAAGCCAUCCGAGAUGUAGAUGAGUUUGAUUCUUAAUCGGAACAGAUUUGGAGAAAUUUAGCAUUGCGUUCACUGCUCACCAGUGGAUACUCUGCAGUGAAUGGGUGCCAUCAGAAUGAGAGUCCAAACAACUGAUAAAAACAUCACAAUAAUCCACAAGAAACAAACUCAUCUACAUCUUGGGUGGCCUGAGGAUGAGUACAUUUUCAGUAAACUUUGAUUUAGUUUGAAAUUGUUAUAUUGUGCAAAUUGAGUCUGGACAGUAAAAUAAGCAAAUUAAUACGCGCACCUGUUGCUUUAAAGCUUUAUUUGUAAAGUCAGAAGCAGCAUAGUUCUUUGCCUUAUGUGGCACAUGAUAACUUGUGUCUUGUUUAUUUAUGCCUGUAUUAUUUUUGUACUGAAUACCAACAGUCAACUGUUAUAAUGUUUAUGUGCAGUGGACUCUGACUGAAUUAUGAUGAAUUCCAGUUUAACCCAGACUGUUUACUGUAUUGAUUCAGCAGCAAAAGUUUCUGAGUGUGCAGUUAUUAUUUGUGUAACUGCACAAUGUGGUCAGAUUUUAAGAUUUAAAAGCUACACUCUUAUGAAUGUAAAAAACAAUGACUCAGGGUUGUCUACGAAUUAUUGGCUUAUUAACUAAAAACUAUAUAUAUUUUUGACUAUUUUACUCUCUACAGUAUGAGAAAUAUUUGAGGGUUGUGUGGUCUUUAAUAUGAACGGUAAAUGAUUGUUUUUACUCAAUGCGUUGAAAAUUUCUGUAAAAUAAACUAAUAAUUUACAAAAACA